AUGUGGUCAGGGCAGCCGGGAAGGUCCACGCUGCUUAUCCUGUAUUCAGCGCCUGGACGAGGUAGAGAGGUGCUGCGGCUACUCCAAGGCUACCCGGGCAAGGGUGAAAGUGAGGCUGUCGGCCGCUCUGUUUGGGACUCGAUGAAACUAUCACAACCCGCUACAGGGUCUUCAUCCUCGGUGGACAGAUCUUCAGUAAACGCUCCACCGCUGGACGCCGGUCGAUACGACCCAGUCGUGAUCCAUGAUGAAUACCCGGUCCUUGAAACCGAUCAUGACCUUUCUCUCAUCAGGCCAUAUGAAGUGGAAGAGUUCGACGAUCCAUUCAUGGGUCCUCAAGGGCUGGAAGAUAUAGAGGAGACCAUGUCCGAGUGA